CCGUCGCGAGGCAAAGUUAUCGGGACGCAGCGUCGGGCGGUAAAUGCUUGGAUUCCUUGUGGAUUCUUAAUGAGACAAAACGCCACUUCUCACAUAAUAUGAAGAAGUCCAAGCCGGUGCUGCAUGACCACCUGAUAUCGAAUCGCGUUAGAAAGUACCUGGAGGAUCAUAUUGGCGAGACAUAUUUGGAUGUGAAACAGAUGACCAGGGAGUUGAUGCAAAAGUAUCCAGAGUACUCGCGUCGCAAAUUCGGUCCCUUCAAGCAGUUGGUUCAUCAAGCAUUCGCCGUUAUAUCGGAAAGUUACAACUUGGACAAGCCCAGCAGUUCGGACGAAGAAUCAGACAGUGACGAGUUGGAGGCACCCACCUCUAACAGCGUGAUGAACAUGAUGAACAGCCUGUACAGCCAGCCUCCGAGGAAGCCGCUCCUGGACAAGCCCAUCAGCGAGCCCAUUGACAUAUCCAGUGGCGACGAUACCGAUGAUGACUCAAAUACCAAGUCCACGAAUGGAAAGUCACCCAAUUCGGCACCGGCACCGGCUCCGACACCGGCACCGACCCCAGCUCCGGCUCCCGUAUCUGCACCCAGCCAUACCAGCGCUCUGAAACGCUUGAUGUCCGAUAAUUACGAACUUGGAUCUGUUGCCAAGAAACUAGUGAAACCCAAUGCUCAUGUUUCCGGACCAGAGGGACCACAUAAGAACCAUGGAAGCUCGGCGAAGAACCACAACGAUGGAUCUGCUCCUCGGCGUGACCAACGGAAUGCGACCCUCAUUUAUCAGCAGCAGCAUCAUCACUAUUCACGUGAUCCACAUACCCCAAAACGAAAGGACAAAAAGAUGCCGGAAUUACGGCAAAUUACUGAGAGUUUCCGCGACCUUGGCGGUAUGGAUAGUACGCUGAAGGAGUUGUGCGAGAAGCUGAUUCACAUCAAGGCGCCAGAGUUCUAUUUUCAUCUGGGAUUAUUGCCUUCUAGGGGGAUUUUGCUGCAUGGCCCGUCUGGGUGUGGAAAAACGUUCCUAGCCCGUGCUAUCAGUGGACAACUGAAGAUGCCGCUCCUGGAAGUGCCAGCCACGGAAUUGAUUGGCGGAAUAUCUGGCGAAUCGGAGGAAAGAAUUCGCGACAUUUUCGAGCACGCUAUCAUGUCAUCGCCAUGCGUCUUGUUCAUUGACGAAAUCGAUGCUAUUGGCGGCAAUCGUCAGUAUGCCUCCAAGGACAUGGAGCGUCGCAUCGUGUCCCAGUUGAUCACUUGCCUGGACAGCAUGAAGGGCAAUGAGUUUGCCCAAUCGGUAGUGGUGAUUGCGGCCACCACUCGUCCCGAUGUCUUGGAUCCGGGUCUGCGACGUUUCGGUCGGUUUGAUCACGAGAUUGCUAUACACAUACCAACGCGCAAGGAGCGACGCGAGAUCUUGCGCAUUCAAUGCGAUACACUGAAUAUUGAUCCGAAGCUCAACUUUGAUAAAAUAGCUGAGCUUACGCCGGGCUAUGUGGGUGCCGAUUUGAUGGCACUCGUUGGCUGCGCUGCCUCCAUAGCCGUGAAGCGUAGAUCCCUGAAAAAAUUCCGCGAGCUUCACGCAGCCAGCGAACAAAAUAUGACCACAGUGACUUUGGAUGACGAUGAACCUAAUGAGCCACCACAGGAGAAAUCUGAGGAGAAGAAAACCGAAAACGCUGAUCCCAAAGAUCAGGAGGAUAAGGAGAAGAGCUAUAAGAAAGAGGAGAAUUCCAAAGAGAAAAAGGUGAAUUCCGAAGAGAAAGAGGAAAAUGCCGAGAAGAAAGAGGAGAAUUCCGAAAAGAAAGAAAAAAAUGCUGAGAAGAAACAGGAAAAGGACGAAAAGAAAGAGGCGAAGUCUGAACAAAAGACUGAUGAAGAAAAGUCUUCAGAAAAACCAGGCCAUACCGAGAACGUUCCCAUGGACGUUGAUCCAGUAAAGAAAGAAGUUGAUGAGCCAGAGGACGAUUUCUACGAGCCCACCCUGGCCGAGCUCACAAACUUCCUGGACAAUCCUCCAGAGGAGUUUUCCGACCCGAACUUUUGCCUCACCCUCGUCGACUUUGUGGAGGCCAUUAAGGUAAUGCAACCAUCGGCCAAGCGCGAAGGCUUCGUAACCGUACCGGAUACCACAUGGGAUGACAUUGGCGCCCUGCAGGACAUCCGUGAUGAGCUUAAGCUGGCGGUUCUGGCGCCCGUCAAGUACCCUGAGAAGCUGGAGCGUCUGGGGUUGACCGCUCCGUCUGGUGUUCUUCUUUGCGGGCCUCCGGGUUGUGGCAAGACACUGUUGGCCAAGGCCAUUGCCAAUGAGGCUGGAAUCAAUUUUAUAUCCGUAAAGGGACCCGAGCUUAUGAAUAUGUACGUCGGUGAGAGUGAGCGUGCUGUGCGUGCCUGCUUCCAACGUGCCAGGAACUCGGCACCCUGUGUCAUAUUCUUCGACGAGUUCGACUCACUCUGUCCCAAGAGAUCCGAUGGCGGAGAUGGCAACAACUCGGGAACCCGCAUCGUUAACCAGCUGCUGACGGAAAUGGAUGGCGUGGAGGAGCGCAAGGGGGUGUACAUUCUAGCUGCCACUAACCGACCGGACAUCAUAGAUCCGGCGAUCCUGCGACCUGGUCGUUUGGAUACAAUUUUGUAUGUGGGUCUGCCAGAGCAAAGCGAGCGAGCUGAAAUUCUGAAGGCUACCACCAAGAAUGGAAAGCGCCCGGUUCUGGCUGAUGAUGUGGAUCUGGAGGAGAUUGCUGCCAAAACUGAAGGCUAUACGGGUGCCGAUUUGGCUGGCUUGGUCAAGCAGGCCUCCAUGUAUGCUCUGCGCCAAUCCCUGAACUCCGGUGACUCGAAUCUCGAGGAUCUGUGUGUCGGCAAUCAGCACUUCAAAGAAGCAUUGCAGAGCCUUCGUCCCUCAGUUGGUGAAAAGGACCGUAAGGUAUACGAAAAGUUGCGACAAAAAUACGCUGCACCGCGAGUGCCAGCCUUUGACGAAAAGUGAACCUCAACAAGUAUUUGUUUGUUGUGAUAGUACAUAGGCACACAUAAUCGAUUAGUAUGUGAAUGGCAAAAGUUUUCUUUCAUUUUUAUUUCCUUUAUAAACCGAACUAAGAAUAUUUUUUAAGUUAUGGUUGAAUUUUUUUUUUAACGAAAUGAAGUUAAAAAAAUUAUAAGUUUUGCGAAACAACUAAGAAAAAAGUUAGAACGACGUAAUAAAGCGUAUAUUUAGAA